AUUUGUCCUAAACCACAUUGGGGUUUUGUUUCAUGAUACUAUGAGUAAAGCGAUUACUCAUCUCGUUUUGGAUACUGGUGGGAUUAUAUGUUCGAGCUCUCUGUUAAGGAAUUCUGCUGAGAAGUUUUAUACCACACCUCGAGUUGUUCAAGAAAUUCGAGAUGAAGCUUCACGUAGAAAUUUUGAGCUUUGGGGCGGUCAAGUCAUCCAGCGUGUUCCUAAGCAAGAGUUCAUAAAGAAAGUUUCUGAUUUUGCAAAGCAAACUGGUGACUUUGCUUCUUUAUCUAUUACGGAUAUCCACAUUCUUGCCCUUACGUACGAGCUUGAAUAUGAAUUCAAUGGGGGAGACUGGAGACUUCGUCAAUAUCCUGGUCAGAAACGAAUAAAUGGCAAGCCUCCAGCUCAUCUUAACAAAGAUGAAUUAUCGGUGAAAGAAACCUCAUCGUCUCCCGAGGAAAAUAAAGAAGACGAGCAAAAGGAUAAGCAAAAACAAGAUCCGUUGAUGGAACAGAAAACGAAGGAUGAAAGCGAAAACAUUAAGGAUGCUUCUUAUUCCAAUCAAAAGCCUAAAUUGACGGAGGACGAGCAAGAAGACCGAGAAGAGGAAGAUGACGGCUGGAUUACACCUUCCAAUAUUCGCAAGAAAAAAACUCAGGAUGGCGUUGGUGAAAGUGUCGUUCAACCCUCCCAUUUAAAGGUCGCAUGCGCCACGACUGAUUUUGCAAUGCAAAAUGUUAUGUUGCAAAUAGGCCUAAAUUUGGUUUCUUCCGAUGGUUUGAAAAUUCAAAACGUUAAACGUUUCGUUCUUCGCUGUCAUGGUUGCUAUGCUAUUGUUAAUGAUAUGUCGAAAAAGUUUUGUACCUCUUGCGGAGGUGAUACGCUGAUAAAGACGACUUGCAGCAUCAACUCCAAGGGUGAGUUCCAAGUACACUUGAAGAAGAAUUUUGAGUGGAAGACCCGAGGUACGAAAUACGCUAUUCCGAAACCAGUUCAUGGUACACCAAGUGGUAAAGGCAAGAAGAAUCCUAUCUUGCGUGAGGAUCAGCCAGAAUACCAAAAGGCUGUCCGUUAUAUGCAACGAAAGAAGGAAGUUGAUCUGAUGGAUCAAGAUUUCCUCCCUUCUUUGUUAACGGGUGCCCCUAAGGAACAUUUGCGUAUUAGCGUAGGCGCCGGCCGGAGAAAUCCAAAUGAAGUUCGCAAAACAAGAAGGCGCUAGACGAAAAGUGUUUGUUAUCUUUCAUUUAUGGUUACGGAUGUUUGAAGAAAAUUUUGGGUACUGCUAUGUUAUAUUCUGUUAAUUGGUGUUUAUAUUGGGUAUUUUUAAUUUGAGUCUAGUCGAACAAAUAGAUUUUAUUUUGUUUUUGUCUUGAGAAACAGUAUAUCGUCUUUCUCUACGUAGUAUUAAUCAUUAAUAAGUAACCGUAUAACGAUUUGUCCAUUGCGGACAAUUUUUCCAUA